AUGGGUGUGGGCAACCUAUGCGGCGGUCUCUUCACGAUACUAAUGCUGAUCAUAAUGUUCAGCGUAGCGCACAGGAGGUUCACCGAAUUGAUCUACAUCAGCCAACAAAACCACGCAAACAAUCAUAAUGUUAGAAACAAUCGGACAGUCAAUACGUUGGACAGGCAUUCAGUGGCAAUAAAUAUCGAUAACAAUAGCAACUAUAGCGCACACCUAUGGCCUACACUGACACCCCUGCCUCUGGGCGGCCGUCGAUCGCCGCGAUCUCUGUCUCCGCGUCCGUCGCGGACAACACCACACGACUGGCACUUUCCGCCUAUCAUUACGGUUAUGGCCAACGAGGAGAGUGUGGAUGAGUUGCAGCAAAUCAUCGACUCGUACGGCGAUUGCGAUGCGAUUGAGUCUCGGCUACCCUUAAAUAGUGAUAUAAUGAACGGCUUUGACUAUCAAUUGCCUGAUUUGCCGCCACUCUAUCACCAGUUGGAUGUCAUACCUACUGAUGGGCCGCCGACUUAUGAGGAGGCCAUCGAAGAGGACAAGGAGUCGACAAACAAAUAGAUAGUGAUAUAUAACUUAUAUAACGUGAAUAUAAACUUUAUAUUUCCCAUAGAUUUGGUGUCAAUUUGCAUACAACUAAUACAUUCACACAAACAUAACAGUCUUCAGUCUUAUAUGAAAUAGUCUUCAGAUCAGAUAUCUUCCAGUAAUUAGUCUCUCAGUAUAGAUAUUGUUGUCUCCAAUAUUAUACCAGAGCUUUCCAUUUGUUUGCCUAUCGUUUGACUUUUAAAACAAUAUUUCAAAUAAAUAAGUAUAAGAAGAAGAGAGCGGAGGGAAAGUCAAAAGAAAAUAACAUUUAUAAUAAUUAAGUAAUACUUUACUAAUAAUGGAUACUUUAAUGUCCUUAAACUCCCCAUUAGUUUACAUACAAUAAGAC